UUCUGUUAAAAUGAGUCCGGCUGAGUCCCUCUCCCCUGUCAGUCCGCCCCGCUGAGCCGCGGUCCAGCUUUGUAACGUUACAGUCCGUUAGCAACAAUGAGCGACAAAGGUCUGUCAGACGAGGCAGCUGCAUUAGCUUGUAAAGAUGGGGACCCAGUUACUAAGGAUUUCAUGAUGCAGCAGACUAUGCUGCGGGUUAAAGACCCAGUUAAAUCCUUGGAUUUUUACACCAGAAUCCUCGGCAUGACGCUCCUGCAAAAGUUUGACUUCCCCCCCAUGCGUUUCUCUCUCUUCUUCUUGGGCUAUGAGGACAAGAAGGAGAUUCCUACGGAUGUGAAGGAAAGGACAGCCUGGACUUUUUCCAGAAGAGCCACCAUUGAGCUGACACAUAACUGGGGCUCUGAGGCUGAUGAGAGCCAGUCUUAUCACAAUGGGAACUCAGAUCCACGUGGCUUUGGACACAUUGGAAUCGCAGUUCCUGACGUCUAUGCAGCCUGCAAACUGUUUGAAGAGCAAGGAGUAACAUUUGUCAAGAAGCCAGAUGAUGGUAAAAUGAAAGGCUUGGCCUUCAUUCAGGACCCUGAUGGUUACUGGAUUGAGAUCCUGAGUCCUAACAAUAUGGUCUCCAUUACCUCCUAAAAACUAUGCAAACAUGUCUGACCUGCUGCAGUGCAUACAGGCCAGACCUUCUGUGGCUUCACUGGGAGAGCACGUUGUCUGUGUUUAGCCAAGAAUUUAGCAACAUGUGGUGGAGAGCUGAGGGAGAAUGGAGUGGGAGCACUUGUACGAUGGCAAGCAGUGUGCCCUGGCAUGGGCUGGACUUAUAUUGGACAGUAGUUGAGCAAAUAGAUUAGAGGUAUUUCUAGCUGUAGCAUUUGCCCACCAUCAUCACUUUGUAUGUGUCUUCAAAAGGUAAUGCUGAAAUAAAGCGGUAUUACUGUGUAAAACAAAA